CCCAUUCCGCGGAAGGGAACGCCGAGGCUGCGCGGCAGCUCUGCGCCCGGCACCUACUUCCGCGGGAGUUUCACUAGGUCACGUCUUCUGUACUGACUGGCGGCGGGGAUGGAGUCGCCUCCUGAGGAUAUGCGGUCGGACCAGAAACGCUUCCACCUCAGGCCAAGAUGAGGAGCCAUUCAGAGUAGCUGCCGCCUCUGGGGGACCCCGGCAUCCUGGGCAGCCCCACCGGUCUGGACAGAGCCCUGCUGGCUGGCCUCUGCUGGCAGGAACCAUGGCGGAGGCCGGGGACGGGGCGCUCUCGGUGGCGGAGUGGCUGCGAGCGCUGCACCUGGAGCAGUACACGAGGCUCUUCGAGCAGCACGGCCUGGUGUGGGCCACAGACUGCCAAGGCCUCAGUGACACCCGCCUGGUGGACAUGGGCAUGGUGCUCCCUGGCCACCGCCGCCGCAUCCUGGCUGGCCUGCUCCGUGCCCACACACCCCCAGCCCCUGCACCCCGCCUGGCCCCACGGCCCGUGCCCAUGAAGCGUCAUGUCUUCCGCUCACCACCCACGCCCACCACUCCCCCGGAGCCACUGCCUGCGGCUGGAGAGGAUGAGGGGCUGCCCACCGCCCCACCCAUCCCGCCCCGGAAGAGCUGCCUUCCGCCCACCUGCUUCUCCGCCCCAUCCACAGCGGCUCCAGACCCUGUGGUGCCCCCGCUGCCCGCCAAGCGGCAUUUGACAGAGCUCAGCCUUCCGCCCGUGCCCCCCCGCACCGGGCCCCCCCGCCCACUGGUGAGCCUUCCCUCCAAAGAAGAGAAGUUACUAUCACCACCAUCACCGCCCCCUCCCCAACCAGAGCCUGUGGAGCCUCCGGCCACUUUCCCCAGGGGGCCUCCUCAGCCCCUGUCUGCACCUUGCAGUGCCCCAGAGGUCCCUCCGAAGCCCCCCCGCCUGCCCCCGGAGUUUGAUGACUCUGACUACGAUGAGGUCCCAGAGGAGGGGCCGAGGGCCCCAGCUGCCGUGAUGACCAAGAAGGAGAGCGUGACACUGAGUGGGUCUGGGGGGCAGGAGGAGCCCCCAGCGAGUCAAGUCCCACGGGCCGUGCGUGUGGCCAGUCUGCUGAGCGAGGGGGAGGACCUGUCUGGAGACGACCAAGGGGAUGAAGAUGAGGAUGACUAUGCCUACGAGCAUGUCCCCAAUGGUGACUGGCACACCAGCAGCCUGAGCUCAUCUUUGCCCAGCAGCCUCCUGACCCCUGAGCUUCCCCCACACCCCAUGGACGGCCUGCCUGUGGGCCCCACCCCCACCCCACUGGUCAUCAAGGCUGGCUGGCUGGACAAGAACCCCCCGCAGGGAUCUUACAUCUAUCAGAAGCGAUGGGUGAGACUGGAUGCCAGUCACCUGCGAUACUUCGAUAGUAACAAGGAUGCCUACUCAAAGCGCUUUAUCCCCGUGGCCUGCAUCUCCCGAGUGGCUGCCAUUGGGGACCAAAAGUUCGAAGUGAUCACGAACAACCGGACCUUUGCCUUCCGGGCAGAGAGUGAUGCGGAGCGGAAGGAGUGGAUGCAGGCCCUGCAGCAGGCAGUGGCUGAGCAGCGUGCCCGGGCCCGCGUGUCUAGUGCUUACCCAUUGGGUGUUCAAGGCUCAGAGCCCCAUGACCAUGCUGGCAGCCUGGAGCUACGUGGCUUCAAGAAUAAACUCUACGUGGCCGUGGUCGGGGACAAAGUUCAGCUUUACAAGAAUCUGGAGGAGUACCGCCUGGGCAUCGGCAUCACCUUCAUUGACAUGAGCGUGGGCAACGUGAAGGAAGCGGCCGACCGGCGCAGCUUCGACCUCACCACCCCCUACCGCAUCUUCAGCUUCUCAGCCGAAUCAGAGCUGGAGAAGGAGCAGUGGCUGGAGGCCAUGCAGGGAGCCAUCGCCGAGGCCCUGUCCACCUCGGAGGUGGCCGAGCGCAUCUGGGCCAUGGCCCCCAACAGGUUCUGUGCUGACUGUGGGGCUGCCCAGCCUGACUGGGCCUCCAUCAACCUCUGUGUUGUCAUCUGUAAGCGCUGUGCAGGGGAGCACCGUGGCCUGGGCGCUGGUGUCUCCAAGGUGCGGAGCCUGAAGAUGGACAGGAAGGUGUGGACGGAAACACUCAUCGAGCUCUUCUUACAGCUGGGCAAUGCUGCCGGGAACCACUUCUGGGCAGCCAACGUGCCCCCCAGCGAGGCUCUGCAGCCCAACAGCAGCCCCAGUGCCCGGCGGUGCCACCUCGAAGCCAAAUACCGCGAGGGCAAGUACCGCCGCUAUCACCCACUCUUUGGCAACCAGGAGGAGCUGGACAAGGCCCUGUGUGCUGCAGUCACCACCUCAGACCUGGCUGAGACCCAGGCGCUCCUGGGCUGUGGGGCUGGGGUCAACUGCUUCUCGGGGGACCCCAAGGCCCCCACGCCCCUGGCUCUUGCCGAGCAGGCGGGACAGACACUGCAGAUGGAAUUCCUUCGGAACAACCGGACCACAGAGGCACCUCGGCUGGAUUCAGUGAGGCCCCUGGAAAAGCACUACUCAGUUAUCCUGCCAACUGUGAGCCACAGCAGCUUCGUCUACAAGACUGCUUCUGCAGGGAAGCUGCUGCAGGACCGCCGGGCCCGGGAAGAGUUCAGCCGACGCUGGUGUGUGCUUAGCGAUGGGGUCCUGAGCUACUAUGAGAAUGAGCGGGCAGUGACCCCCAACGGGGAGAUUCGGGCCAGUGAGAUUGUGUGUCUUGCAGUGCCCACUCCUGACACCCAUGGUUUUGAGCACACCUUUGAGGUGUACACAGAAGGAGAGCGGCUAUACCUGUUUGGGCUGGAGAGUGCAGAGCUGGCUCGUGAGUGGGUCAAGUGCAUUGCCAAGGCGUUCGUGCCUCCCCUGGCUGAGGAUCUGCUGGCUCGGGACUUUGAGAGGCUUGGACGCCUUCCCUACAAAGCUGGCCUGAGCCUACAGCAGGCGCAGGAGGGCUGGUUUGCCCUCACCGGCUCCGAGCUCUACGCUGUCUUCCCGGAGGGGCCCUGUGAGGAGCCGCUGCAGCUUCGGAAAUUACAGGAGCUUUCCGUCCAGGGGGACAGCGAGAACCAGGUGCUGGUGCUGGUGGAGCGACGGAGGACGCUGUACAUCCAAGGGGAGCGGCGGCUGGACUUCAUGGGCUGGCUAGGGGCCAUCCAGAAAGCAGCGGCCAGCUCUGGGGACACGUUGUCAGAGCAACAGCUGGGAGAUUCGGAUAUCCCGGUGAUUGUGUACCGCUGUGUGGACUACAUCACACAGUGCGGCCUGACCUCGGAGGGCAUCUACCGCAAGUGUGGGCAGACAUCAAAGACACUAAGGCUGCUGGAGAGCCUACGGUUGGACGCUCGCUCUGUGCGCCUCAAGGAGGGCGAGCAGCACGUGGACGACGUCUCUUCAGCACUCAAGCGCUUCUUGCGAGAUCUUCCCGAUGGGCUCUUCACUCGAGUCCAGCGCCUGGCCUGGCUGGAGGCCUCAGAGAUUGAGGAUGAGGAGGAGAAGGUGUCCAGGUACCGAGAGCUUCUGGCACGUCUGCCCCCAGUCAACCGGGCCACAGUGAAGGCUCUUAUCAGCCACUUAUACUGUGUCCAGUGCUUCUCAGACACGAACCAGAUGAACACACACAACCUGGCUAUUGUGUUUGGGCCCACGCUCUUCCAGACAGAUGGGCAGGACUACAAGGCCGGCCGUGUGGUGGAAGACCUCAUCAGCCACUACGUGGUGGUGUUCAGUGUGGACGAGGAGGAGCUGAGGAAGCAGCGGGAGGAGGUCACUGCCAUCGUGAAGAUGCGUGUGGCUGGCACUGCCAGUGGGACCCAGCAUGCUGGUGACUUUAUUUGUACCGUGUACCUAGAGGAGAAGAAGGCGGAGGCGGAGCAACAUGUCAAGAUCCCAGCAUCCAUGACCGCAGAGGAGCUUACCUUGGAGAUCCUGGAUCGCAGGAAUGUGGGCAUCAGGGAGAAGGACUAUUGGACCUGCUUCGAGGUCAAUGAGAGGGAGGAGGCAGAGCGCCCCCUGCACUUUGCGGAGAAGGUGCUUCCCAUCCUGCAUGGGCUGGGCACAGACAGCUACCUGGUGGUGAAGAAGCACCAGUCCAUGGAGGCCAUGCUGCUGUACCUAGCCAGCCACGUGGGCGAGACCAAGCACGGCAUGAUGAAGUUCCGAGAGGACCGCAGCCUCCUGGGCCUGGGCCUGCCCACAGGUGGCUUCCACGAUCGCUACUUCAUCCUCAACAGCAGCUGCCUGCGGCUCUAUAAGGAGGUCCGGAGCCAGAGGCCAUGGAGCGGGGCCCCUGAGACCAGUCACCGGCCUGAGAAGGAGUGGCCUGUCAGGAGUCUCAAAGUCUACCUGGGAGUGAAGAAGAAACUUCGGCCGCCCACCUGCUGGGGCUUCACGGUGAUACACGAGACGGAGAAACACGAGAAGCAGCAGUGGUACCUGUGCUGUGAGACACAGAUGGAGCUCCGGGAGUGGCUCGCCACCUUCCUCUUCGUGCAGCACGACGGCCUGGUGUGGCCCUCGGAGCCCUCACGCGUGUCCCGGGCAGCGCCUGAGGUCCGGCUGGGCAGCAUUUCGCUGAUCCCCCUGCGAGGCAGUGAGAAUGAGAUGCGCCGGAGUGUGGCUGCCUUUUCUGCGGACCCCCUUUCUCUUCUCCGAAACGUCUGAGCCCUGUUGGGACUUCGCCACGCCACCGCUGCCGUGAAGCCUUCCUGGGCAGACGCCCUCAUGCCCUGCGUGCCUGGCGUGAGCCAGCAGGGGCCUCCUGAGGAAGCCGCAUCCCCACGCCCCUCAUCCUGACUGCAGCCUGGGGUUCCCUGGCCAGGACAUGGGGGGCCAGGCAGCAGGGUCUGCCUGAGGAGGAAUCCCUUACCUGCUCUGUCCAGGUGCUCAGCCCUGCUGGCCUGCUCCCCCACAGGGUCACCCACCCUGACUUUGGAGGGGUUGGAAAGAUGGGUGUCUGUCAGGAACCCUGGCAGGCUGCCGUCCUUUCAGAGGCUCGAGGCCCUGAGGGCCCCGCUGGAAGGGAGCCCACCCUUUGACCACAAACUCCAGAACAGCCGAAAGCGGAUGCUCUGAAGGAACACUCAGCUGGGGUGGGGAGGGAGCUCUGGGUAAAUGUGUACAGGGCUGAGAACUGGACUUGGGGGACUUGAGCCCCUCUUCUAGUCUGGGCUUACUGGGAGGGCCCAGGCUGCCCGCGCCCCUUCCCCACUUUGGGGACCUUUUGAUAAUAUAAAUAUAUCUGUAUAUUUUA